CUGCAUGACGGAAUACUGAUUUGGGCGAGGCAGCCUUGUUUAUAAUAUUUAUUAUUUUUCUUAUUCGUUUAUGAAAAUAUAGUGCAGAAGAUUAGUUUUACUAUACGUAGCAUUGAAAUUGUUUUGAGCAAUAUAAACACGUUAUGUCUAGUCAAUAAGAAGAUGAAGUGUACGUUCCUUGUACUCGCAGUUGCGAGUUUGGUGAGGACCCAAGCACCUGAAAAUGGUAUCUAUAAUCAGAACUAUCCGGAAGGAAACCAGAAUAAUACACAAUAUCGUCCCGGGCCCCAAAUCCCUUACGGCAGUUUUCCCGUAAAUAAUGAAUAUCAACAGCCGCCUCAAAGCUCUUUCUACCAGGACAGCCUCUACAACAGUGACAGCUAUGCUGAAAAUGAAAAUGAUGUCGAAAAUACUGCGAGUGUGUAUGCUGGCUUAGAUUACGAAGAGAAGUACCGAUGUCCACCCAACUGGCUCCGCUACAAAGAGUCAUGUUAUCGGUUUACGAAGUCUCCUGAUCGUCCUAGAAAUGAAGCAAGAAAAAUAUGCCAAGCCUAUGAAGCUGAUUUAGUAGCCGUCAAUAGCCCUGAAGAACAUGGUUUUAUAAUAAACAAUUUAAUGAGGCUCGACCCUCAGAAGGGUUCAUGGUAUAUAGGAGCUCACCAACAGUCUCCAGGUUAUUGGUCCAAUGAUUAUGAUGGUUCACAGUUGACAGGUCUUGAGAAUGCUUUCUUCGACGAUCGACAAUUUUCAUUAAAUAGUUAUAAUAUAUUUCCUAAAGAUUUUUUGGUAUACAAAUUUUCACAUCAAGAUGGACGCUGGGGCUUAGCUGCUGUAGAAGGUACACAAUAUUAUCACUUUAUAUGUGAGGGGCAAAUGCAGCGUUUACAUUAUUUAAUAGAAGAAGAAAGAUCAUUCACUUAUGGCUUAGACACUUAUGAUCCAGAAAGGAUUCCGAGAGGUCCAUAUUUUGUAAAACAGCCGGAAGAUACUGUUUAUGAUCCUUUAAGAAAUCAUUAUGUCCAACUUACUUGUAUAGCAGGAGGAUUUCCAGCUCCAACUUACAAAUGGUUCGGAGAAGAUUAUCAAGUUGACAGUCCAGUUUACACAGAAAUAGAUCCUUUAGCUGACAGUAGGAUUAUAUUAAGUGGAGGAACUUUAAUGAUUUAUAACCCUGACAGUGAAAAGGAUAAUACAAAAUAUCACUGUACAGCUACAAACAAGUUUGGUACGAUUAGAUCAGAAUCUGUCCGGUUGUCAUUUGGAUUCAUAAGAGAUUUCAAUCAAAAGAGGCCAGUAGAAAGUGGAAAUCAAUACUGGGGUAAAGUAAUGUAUUGUGAUCCUCCUUCGUACUAUCCAGCUGUAAAUAUUCUGUGGGCUCGGAAUUAUUUCCCUAACCUUGUGGAAGAAGAUAAACGUGUCUUUGUGUCAUAUGACGGUGGCCUCUAUUUCUCAGCUUUAGAAACAAUAGACCGAGGCAACUAUAGUUGUAAUGUAAUGAGUAAAGUGUCUGAUGAAGGCAGAAAUGGUCCAUUCUUUCCCUUACAGGUUUAUCCGCAUUCAGAUUAUCAGCAAUUGAAAUUCCCAAAUAGCUUUCCUAAAGUAUUUCCUGAAGCUCCAGUGGUUGGGCAAGAAGUCCGCCUGGAAUGUGUCACAUUUGGCUACCCAGUACCUUCUUAUAAUUGGACCAGACAGAAUGGCCUUAUACCUAAAAAAGCUCAAUUGAGUAAUUUUGACCGGGUUUUAACAAUACCCAAUGUAGGUGUAGAGGAUGAAGGCGAAUAUAUUUGUGAUGUUCACAAUGACAGAGCGAGGAUAUCAAAUAGUGUGUAUUUAAAAGUACAAGCUGAACCAAAUUUUACCAUUCCUCUUGGUGAUAAACAUAUGGACAACAAAGGAGAAUUACAUUGGAACUGUGAGGCAUUUGGGAUACCAGAUGUUAAUUACACAUGGUGGAAAAAUGGUAAAAAACUAAAAAAAGAUAACCUAGAACCACAGGACCGUGAUAGGUACAUUAUUCAAGACAAUGUUUUGAUUAUAAAAUAUUUAGACCCAACAAGAGAUCCUGGAAUGUACCAGUGUGAAGCAAAGAAUCAAUUGAAAGCUAGUUACUCAUCAGCGCAAUUACGAGUGCUCUCUUUGAAACCAUCAUUUAAAAAACAUCCUUUAGAAUUGGAGACAUACGGUUCUGAAGGUGGAAAUGUGACAUUAAAAUGCAAACCAGAAGCUGCCCCAAAGCCAACAUUCACUUGGAAAAAAGACAACAUAGUUAUUGGGGCAGGAGGAAAAAGAUUCAUUACCGAAAAUGGGAAUUUAAUUAUUAGACAACUUUCCAGAGAUGAUGAGGGCGUGUACACAUGCGUCGCGAAGAAUCAAUACGGCACUGAUGAGAGUAGAGGUCGUCUAAUUGUCUUACGUGCACCACGUUUCCUUGAAAAACUCCCCCCUCGGAUCACUGCACAAGUGAAUUCAGUAGUUUUCUUGCACUGUAAUGCCGAUGUAGAUCCUAUUUUAGAUACAGCGUAUCUAUGGAACCAUAAUGGCUUGCGGAUUAAAGACUCAUCAGAUCUGUACGUCAACAAAAGAAUAAAAAUUGACGGUGGUGAGCUAACUAUUUACAAUGUAAGUCUUUCGGAUGUGGGAGAUUACGAAUGUGUCGUUAAGUCCGCUAUCGGAAGAAUCUCUUCUCAUGUGCAGCUGCGUAUAGAGGGCCCGCCAGGUCCGCCGGGAGGCGUACAAAUACUUGGCAUACAGAGGUCUUCGGUGACCCUAGAGUGGACCGACAGUAACUCAAACGGUCGCCCUAUAACUGGAUACAUGCUGACCGGACGCACCCACUGGAACUCAACUUGGUACGUGAUCAGCGAGAAUAUACCCAACGUAAUGGAAGUCGAUAGAUACAAUGGGCGUAAACGAGCCACUGUUUCCACGACGCUUCUACCGUGGGCCAUAUAUGAGUUUAGAAUUCAAGCUAUUAAUAUACUGGGUCCGGGGCAACCGUCCGCGCCGAGUCCGCAGUUCUCUACGUCGGGAGACAAGCCCUAUGAGGCGCCCGCGAACGUUAGCGGCGGCGGCGGGAAGACCGGUGACCUCACAAUCACGUGGACGCCCUUACCGACUUCCCUCCAAAACGGACCCGGCAUACAUUACAAAAUAUUCUGGCGCCGGAACGGCUCCGAAGUCGAAUUUCAGUCCUUGCUUCUUAAGAAGUACGGAAACAUCGGGACAUACGUCGUGCACAUAUCUUCCACGUAUUUCUACACGCCGUACGAUGUCAAAGUACAAGCCUUCAACGAUAUAGGUCCCGGGCCAGAGAGCGAAGUAGUAACCAUUUAUUCGGCGGAGGACAUGCCGCAGGUCGCGCCGCAGCUGGUCUCCGCGCGGUCCUUUAACUCCACAGCUCUGAACGUGACCUGGAACCCGAUCGAUCAGUCGCGCGAGAGGCUGCGCGGCAAGCUGAUAGGCCACCGUCUCAAGUACUGGAAACAGGAGAACAAAGAAGAGGAGUGCAUCUACUAUUUGUCUCGAACGACUCGAAAUUGGGCUCUUAUAGUUGGCCUCCAGCCAGAUACAUAUUAUUAUGUGAAGGUGAUGGCGUUCAAUUCAGCGGGAGAAGGCCCGGAAAGCGAGCGAUACUUGGAGCGCACGUUCCGCAAGGCGCCACAGAAGCCCCCGGCCUCCGUCAACGUGUGGGCCCACGACCCCACCACCCUGCGCGUCGUGUGGCGGUAUGUCCAACCCACCAACGAGGAGGAACCUCUGCUCGGAUAUAAGGUACGAUUAUGGGAGCUCGACCAAGACAUGAGCACAGCGAACGAUACCAUUGUACCGAUCGAGCACAAACUAGAGGCCUACAUCAGCAACAUAAUUCCGGGCAAGUCGUACAACCUUCGCGUGCUGGCCUACUCCAACGGCGGCGACGGCAGGAUGUCCUCCCCAACCAUCGCCUUCCAGAUCGGAGACUACCAUUCCGAAGCGUACGGCUACUACGCGAGAGGAUCCACGUCCAACCAUCGACACAAGCCGGUCGAGUUUCUACUAGCAUCGAUAUUUCUUGUUUAUUUUUGUGUAAUCCACCAUCGAAGUCUCGAUUAAAUUUAAAUUCUAAGUUUCUCCAUGACCAUUCAAGUGAAUAGGAAAUUUUGUAUUUUGAUACUAAGUUCUAUUUCGUAUAUCCGUCAUAAUUUUAUUUUGUUAAAAGUAACUAUUGUUACACAAAUAUUUACAUAUAUUUUUUUUUUUUGUAAUUUUUUUUAUUCCGCCCAAGUCUAGUGAUUUAUGUAACUGUCUAUCACAAUAUUUAUUUUGUUUGAUCUGUAUAUUUUGCACUGAUUUUUAAAUCUGUUAUGAUUUUUUCCAUAUUUAAAUUGUAGAGAAUUAAUUUUAAGUUUAAAUGUAAGUUGACAAUAAGUGUAUGUAUCGCAAUAAGUAUAAAAUAAAAUAUGUUCAUUUCACCUUUAGUUAGAACUAAGACUCAAAUAGAAUAAUGUUUUUGGGUACGGCAGCUUCAAUUUGAACUAUAUUUUUAUACAAAUAAAUGAUACAUUGAAAAUAUGAAUGGUUGUAAAAGAAAUACACAUUUAUGUAUUCUAAGAUAUGGGUAACAUAAUUUUACUACUCAAAUAGAAUCUCUUAGCUUUUAAGUAAUGAUAGAUUGCAGUCUAUCGAUAAUCCGAGCCAUUUUAUACCUUUUUUUAAAUUAUUGAAAAUACCCAUAUCAUUUUAUUAUAUUAAGGGUAUUUUAAAAAUAUCAAUUUUCAAAU